UCAACUGUCGCCUUUCAACCGAUCACUACGAGACAGCUCUCCUCGUGGCACCGCAUUCGCUGACAGGACACCAAUCGCAAAUCACGACGCGACAAUCGCGUGCGUUGAUAUCCCAUCGAUCAAAGCUACCCCGAACCCUUCGACAUAGCUGCCAACCUCCCUCGACCAUCACCCACUCUUCCCGACCCAUACCGUUACCGAGUGCUGCGUUCGUCACCCUUGGUCCGACUAUUGCCCAACCCCCUCACGAUACCCAUUUCGAAAUUUGCCUGGCAUUGCGACCGCUCUCAGCCAUCACGAUCCUAUCCAACCACUCUCAACAGCUGCUAUUCUACAUCUACCAACCAAUAGAUUUAACGACAUGGCUCAACCAGGUGUUCAGUCUUUGAAGUGCGUCGUGACCGGCGACGGUGCUGUCGGAAAGACUUGCUUGCUCAUCUCCUACACAACGAAUGCUUUCCCUGGUGAAUACAUUCCCACAGUCUUUGACAACUACUCUGCUAGUGUUAUGGUGGACGGCAAGCCAAUCAGCUUGGGACUGUGGGAUACUGCCGGUCAAGAGGAUUAUGACAGGCUGCGACCUCUCUCUUACCCCCAGACUGACGUCUUCCUCAUCUGCUUCUCCAUCGUCAGCCCGCCGUCAUUCGACAACGUCAAGGCCAAGUGGUACCCCGAGAUUGACCAUCACGCACCAAACAUUCCCAUUAUCCUCGUCGGCACUAAGCUCGAUCUUCGGGAGGACCACGGCACCCUCGAGUCGCUGCGCCAGAAGCGCAUGGAGCCGGUCUCCUACGACCAGGCCCUGGUGUGUGCUAAGGAAAUCAGGGCGCACAAGUACCUCGAGUGCUCCGCGCUCACGCAGAGGAACCUCAAGAGCGUCUUUGACGAGGCUAUCCGGUAUUUCAAUGCGCCUCGACUCUGGCAUUGCGACAACUUGCUAACUCGGAUCCCAGUGCCGUCUUGA